CUCACUUCCGCGCUCAUUUGGCGCAUUCUAUUCUCGACGCCCUCUCAUUCCGCGCUUUCACUUCUGACACCGAGCGCAAUCCGUUAUGCCGCAACAUCCCUUGCCCGCUUCGCCGCGAAGCUUGCCGAGCUGCCCACCAACUUCCGCACCCGUUGCACCGUCUUCAUUAUCCCUCGCCUCCUCCUACUCUCACACUCUUCCACUUCUAUCCUACUCACACAAUGCGCUCCUUCGUAUUCCUCACGCGCGCUCUCCGGGCACCAAACCUCUCAUCAAUAUCCCCCGUUGGGACCCGCACCCUCGCAACCGCCUCCACCCUCCAGUCCAUCCGCGAGCGCGUCGCGGCCGCCGUAACGCCCGAGCUUGUUGAGACGUAUCAGCGCGAUGGAGCGGUAUGCAUCCAAGGGCUCUUCACCCCCUCUGAGUUAGAUACCCUAAAGGCGGGCAUCGACACGAACCUCGCCGCGCCGAGCGAACGGGCAAAGGUCGCCUCGCGGCCGGACGACCCUGGCUGGUUCUUUGAAGACUUCUGCAACUGGCAGUCCAAUGUCGCCUAUCGGGACUUCAUCACGAGCUCGGCGGCGCCGACCGCUGCCGCGGCGCUGAUGCGCGCCCGCACUGUGCGCUUGUACCACGACCACCUACUCGUCAAGGAGCCAGGCACGACGCAGCGUACGCCCUGGCACCAAGACCAACCAUACUACAACAUUGCGGGGGCGGACACAGUGUCGAUGUGGAUCCCCGUCGACCCCGUUCCGGCCGAGGCGACGCUUGAGUUCGUUGCUGGCAGCCACCGCGGGCCAUGGCUUAUGCCGCGGACGUUUAUGGACAAGGAGGCCAAGUGGUUCCCGGAAGGCAGCCUCGCUGACCUCCCCGACAUUGAGGGGAAUCGUACCGCGUUCCCGAUCCGCAAGUGGGCACUCGAGCCGGGAGACAUGGUUUGUUUUCACAUGCUUACACUGCAUGCUUCGGCCGGGACAACGACGCGGCGCCGCGCCUUCUCUAUCCGCUUCAUUGGCGACGAUGUGCGGCACGCGCCCCGCAGAUGGAAGACCUCGCCCGAUUUCCCGGGAUUGAGCGACGAGCUCCCCGAGGGCGCGCCCAUGGAUCACCUGCUGUUCCCCAUCGUGUGGUCGAAGGCGAGCGGGCAGGUCGUGGGAUUGUGAGACGCCAAACUGGAGGUGUGCGAGACACAAAAUUCCAACCCGGCGUCACUGUUUAGCUUGUUUUAAGCUCUUGUGGAGUCUAAAGGGCUCACGGAGGGCUUGUUGGAUCGCCACACGCCCAUCACUUGCCGUGCAUGCAUGAUAGCUCAUUAGUGGCGUUCUGUGGUAUCCCGGCCUAAUCCUAUUAAGGAAGGGCGUGUAGCUCAGUUGGUAGAGCGUGUCAUUAGCAUUGUCAUCUCUGAUGGCCUCUUGAUCUUGACAA